AUGGCUGGAUUGAGCUCCAAUGAAGCCACAGAAGAGCGACGCAGAAGAAUAUUGCUGAUAACCUAUCCUCGCACUGCGUCCAAUCUUCUAGUGAAAAUGCUUUCCCUGGAUUCUCAGACAGCCGUGGUCUCCAACGAAAAAGGUGGUUACUUCUUUUGGAACGCCUUUAUGACGGGACGAGCUACUGGAUUAACAUAUAAGCCAAUUGAGCAUUGGAAUGUGGAAGAGACUGAUCAAAUUCAGCGAGAGUUCCAGAAAGGCGUUAACGAGCUCGAGGACAAGCAUGAAAUAGCCAAAUCCGCGGGGAAAAUUACCUUUGCGAAGGAACAUGCCCAAUGGUUUGCCAACCCGGCCGAAGUCGCCAAACAUCUGUCUGGUCAAGGUGGCCCAGCAAGCCUGCCGUUCAGCAUCGAAGUUCCAUACAUUUCUAGCUCUAACGGAGCAUUCUCUUCGAACAAUUUGACGAUCCUUCCAGAUGAGUAUCUGCACACAUGGACGCCGACGUUUCUUAUACGACAUCCCGCGCUAGCGUUCCCUUCAUUUUACCGAUCCAUGCUUGACCUGGAGAAUGAAGGCUUCGCAGGCCCCCAUGAGCGUCAACCAAUGCUCAAACUAUUUUCGACUUUGAAAUGGACUCGACUGCUCUAUGACUGGUAUCGCCAGCAUGGGUCAGACUCAUCUACGAAGAGCGGCGACAACAUACACCUUCCCCUUCUCUUAGAUGCACAAGACGUGACCAAUGAACCGGCCGUGGUGGCAAGAUACUGUGAGCUGAUAGGGAUGGACCCAACAAAGUUGAAAUUUGAAUGGAAUCGUGAAGCUCUAGGAAAGGCUGCCCAUCCCGAUGGAGCUGCACAGAAAACUCCAGAGGAGGUCAUGAUGGCUACAUUGAACCAUUCCUCAACGUUGCUGAAAGAAAAGACCCCGGUCGCUAUUGAUAUGGUUGCAGAGGCAGAGAAGUGGAAAAAUGAAUUUGGCGAAGACAUUGGGAAGCAGAUGGAAGAAUGGGUCCAAAGUGCUAUGCCAGAUUACGAUUAUCUCAGGGCCAGAAGACUCCAUCUGUAA